GAGAGGAGUUGAAAUAAGAGAACUCCAUGUUUGACCAUCCUGGUGGGUCUCCUGCCUUCUACACUCCUCCACUAAACCCAAAGACUCGCCUGGUCCCAAGAUCCUCCAGAGAGAUAGUCCGGAUGGUGUAUUUUGUCACCCCACUGUGGGGGCUCUGAGAUGCAUAGUAUAUUUUGGUACAACAAUUUGGGGGCUCUAGAAAGCACAGCAGAGGCUCUGACCUACGUUAUUCAGACCUUUAGUAGCUGGUCCUUUUGUGGGGCCAUAAAGGCUGGAGACAGCAGGACUCUGGGAUAGAUAGAGACGAGGAGCCAGUCAGAGCAACUUUACAACAUGGAGUCACCUUGAUUAAUUUUCUGUGUACAGAGAGAACCUGGAGCCAGAGAGAAUGAACCCUGGGAGCCUGAGACCUGGUAAGGACUUGGUGACAUUCAAGGAUGUGGCUGUGGACUUCACCCAGGAGGAGUGGGGCCUCUUGGAUCCUCCACAGAGGGAGUUGUACAAGGAGGUCAUGGUGGAGAAUGCCUGGAACCUGCUGUCCCUGGGCAUUCCAGUUCCCAGAGACGAUGUGAUCUCUUAUUUUAAGCAAAAGCAAGCACCCUGGGUGCUGGACCAAGAAGCCCUGAGGAGCUGCUCUCCAAGACAUGAGGUCAGACUUGAAAUGAAGAAAAGUAUUCAGAACCAAAACUUCACUUGCAGAGAACUCCGUGCAGCACAUGAGAAAAUACACACUAUAAAAAAACCUUAUGAAUGUAACCAGUGUGGAAAGAGUUUUGAGAACCAGCAAUCUCUUACUCUACAUCAGAGUAUCCACAAUGGAGAAAAACCGUAUGAAUGUAACCAGUGUGGAAAAGCUUUUAGAUACAAGCGAAAUCUUACUCUACAUCAAAGAAUCCACACUGAUGCGAAAUCUUAUGAAUGUAACCAGUGUGGAAAGACUUUUAGAAAUAAGGGAGUUCUUACUGAACAUCAGAGAAUUCAUACUGGGGAGAAACCUUAUGAAUGUAACCAAGCUCAUACAUCUAAGGGGCUGCUAGAUCCCACCGCUGUGUCCAGUGAGAAGAUGGCUGCAUGA